UCCCCUUGAAACCUCAAAAUGCUUCAGUGAAAGUUGUCUGCGUGUUAAAGUUCGCCGAGGCUUGUUUCUGUCUGUCAGUCAGCUCACCACCAGAGUUUUUUUUAAACCGUUGAACUCUAUAUGAGGAACAUGCAGAUGCUCAGGCGAGCGUAGUUUGUCAACAUUUCAUGCAUUUGUUUGCAGUACUUUAGUUUGUACAGUUAGAGUGAAAACCUCCGUGGUGAUGGGGAGGGCCCCCCCCGUCUGGAACGCUUGUGCAUGAGCUCCUAUGCCAGCUAUAAACUUUUAGUUUGUCCUGUUAUCAGGACGCUGUUGAGCCAAAACAAAAACAAAAAGUUUGAUGAAGUGGUUUAGUUUCAGGUUGAGAUUUCUGUAGAACUUAGGGAACUGAGAAAUCCAAGCAGAGGUCUAAAAGAGAGAAGCUCUAGUGAGUCUCAGGUCAGAGCGUCCUGCACAGACCAUGGCCUAUUUUCAUUUCCAGCUGAUUAUCUCAGUCUCAUUUCUGUUGAACCUCCUAGCAAAGUGCAGUGCGGUCUCUGCAAGUCCUGACGUUCGGACAGCAUUUCUAGAGGAAGAGGUAUCUCUCUCCUGCUUGAAUUCAACCCUGGUGGAUAUGAGCACCUACAGAGUCAGAUGGAUGAAGACUGCCGGCAACACAAAUGGUAGCACUAUCUUUGAGUGGCCGAGUGAGUCUCUGCAAACAGAUAAGGUGGUAUGGAAAGAAGAUGGAGAUGGAAAUAUGUGCGUCUUUUUGAAGAACCCGGGCCAGUUGGAUGCUGGGUUAUACACAGAGGAAGUCUGGAAAGGAUGGAAGCUUAUUGAGAAGAAAUACAUACAGCUAAAAGUCAAAAAUUGCAAAGUCCUUCAGGCCGUGAUGGCUGCACCGGGCUACCCUUUAACGCUCAAGUGUAACCCAACAUCUGAGACUUCAAACGUCACCUGGGCAAAGUUAAAGGGACAGGAGCAAGUCUUGAUAAGAGAAAGGAACGAUGGACCCUUGGUUUUCCAGUCUGUGAACACCUCUGACGCUGGCUGGUACAGGUGUACCUUCAUGUUGAGCCAACGGCAACAUUGCCACGAAAUCAAUUUGGUCAUCCAAGAUAGUUUAGUGAUCACAACCACUGCAGUCGUCAUGGCAACAACCAAUCAAGCAUUGGAGGCCACAGAGCAGGUCCCCUCUUCAACCUCAACUCCAGUUGUGGCUUCAGUAGUUAGUGUGGUGAUAAUAAUUAUUGCUGUACUGACAGCACUGAUCAUCUACUUCAAAUUUCAUACCCAAAAGUCACCAACCCAAUUGACAAGAGGCUAUCCAGCUUACAUGGACACCUAUGAAAAUAUGAGUCUUCCAGAUGUACAGGAUGAUGAAAAGAAAGUCAACUCUUUGUACUACUUCGAGGAGGAAAACAUUUCUACCUUUCAGUACUAGAAGAGUUUUAAUUCCAGAGGAAAACCCAGGUUUUUCUUUUUACCUUUACUUUGUGUUUAAAUACCUAAAAAUGCACAUGUGUAACAAGUGCAUUAAUUCCUAUUUGUGAAAUUAGAUGUUGGGAUGAUGGGAUGAUGGGAAAAGUUGUUUUUGUUGUUUUGAACAUGUUCUUGUGGCAUUUUUCUGAUGAUGAAGGACAUGUAUAAAGAAAUGUGAGCAUAAAAUGGACUAUUUCUUUAUUCAAAUUGCUGUAAAUCAGGAAAAAAUCCCAUUGGCAAAAGCUUGUAGCUGUGAGGCAGCACCUACAACAGCAAGCUUCCUGCUCGGCAUCAUUCUGAUGCAUCCUUCGUUUUCCUCGCCUGAGGUGGC